UCCUAUUUUCAAUCUGUGAUUGGAAAUAUCUUUAGAUCAGCCUAUGUUCUUUUUUGGCUUUAGCCUUCCUGGCUUUAAUUUUAGUCAUAACUUCCUCUGUCUUUACUGUCUCUUUAAAAUCUUUUUACAGAGCUUUCAUCAUUUGGCUGAGCACAUGAUACGUGUUACAGACCCAGACAUGGGGGUGAUGAGACAAAGCUAGAAUGAUCUGAGAAGGCCUCCUAAGAUUAGACCUGGUUGGCUCAAAAACAGAAGUUGCUGAGUGCAAGGAAAAGUUCGCUUCCUCUAAAGACCCCACCAUCAGCCAGACUUUCAUGCUGGACAGGAUGUUCAACCCUGAGGGGAAGGCCUUGCCCCCAAUGCGGGGUUUCAAAUACACUAGCUGGUCUCCAAUGGGUUGUGAUGCAAAUGGCAGGUGCCUCUUGGCAGCACUGACCAUGGACAAUCGCCUGACUGUGCAGGUGAACCUCAACAGACUCCAGUGGGUUCAGCUGGUUGAUCUGACGGAGAUUUAUGGAGACCGUCUUUAUGAGACUAGUUAUAGACUGUCUAAAAAUGAGGCUCCUGAGGGAAAUCUCGGGGAUUUUGCUGAGUUUCAGAGGAGACACAGUAUGCAGACCCCAGUCAGAAUGGAAUGGUCGAGUAUCUGUACCACUCAGCAGGUCAAGCACAACAACGAGUGCCGGGAUGUGAGCAGCGUGCUGCUGGCUGUCCUCUUUGAGAACGGGAAUAUAGCUGUGUGGCAGUUCCAGCUGCCAUUCCUGGGAAAGGAGUCCAUCUCUUCAUGCAACACUAUUGAGUCAGGAAUCAGCUCCCCCAGUGUUUUGUUUUGGUGGGAAUAUGAGCACAGUAAUAGGAAAAUGAGUGGCCUUAUUGUGGGCAGUGCUUUUGGACCUGUAAAAAUUCUCCCUGUCAAUCUCAAAGCAGUGAAAGGCUACUUUACUUUAAGGCAGCCUGUUGUCUUGUGGAAAGAAAUGGACAAGUUGCCUGUGCACAGCAUCAAAUGUGUGCCACUUUAUCACCCCUACCAGAAGUGUAGCUGUAGCUUAGUGGUAGCUGCAAGAGGCUCUUAUGUGUUUUGGUGUCUUCUUCUGAUCUCCAAGGCAGGUCUGAAUGUUCACAAUUCCCACGUCACAGGCCUUCACUCACUGCCCAUUGUCUCCAUUACUGCAGACAAGCAGAAUGGAACAGUGUACACCUGCUCUAGUGAUGGGAAGGUGAGGCAGUUGAUUCCCAUUUUCACAGAUGUUGCAUUAAAGUUUGAACACCAGCUGAUUAAGCUCUCAGAUAUCUUUGGCUCAGUGAGGACUCACGGCAUUGCAGUGAGUCCCUGUGGUGCUUAUUUGGCCAUCAUCACCACUGAGGGCAUGAUGAAUGGCCUCCAUCCUGUGAACAAGAACUACCAGGUCCAGUUUGUUACUCUGAAGACCUUUGAAGAGGCAGCUGCUCAGCUCUUGGAGUCUUCAGUUCAGAAUCUCUUUAAGCAGGUAGACUUGAUUGACCUAGUCCGCUGGAAAAUUUUAAAAGAUAAGCAUAUUCCUCAGUUUUUACAUGAAGCAUUGGAAAAAAAGAUUGAAAACAGUGGGGUUACCUAUUUUUGGCGUUUUAAGCUUUUCCUUCUAAGGAUUUUGUAUCAGUCAAUGCAGAAAUCCCCUUCCGAGGCCUUAUGGAAACCCACCCACGAGGACUCAAAAAUCUUACUGGUUGACUCACCUGGGAUGGGCGACGGUGAGGAUGAGCAGCAAGAAGAAGGUACUUCCAAGCAGGGGACUAAGGGUGGCCUGCAGGAGAAGAGCAAAGAAGGUGACACGGAGGAGACCCCUGAGGACUCACUCACUGCCGGGGGAGACACCGGAGGCCGUGAACCCGUAGAGGAAAAGCUCCUUGAGAUCCAAGGGAAGAUUGAGGCUGUGGAGAUGCACCUGACCAGGGAGCACAUGAAGCGGGUCCUGGGAGAAGUGUACCUGCACACCUGGAUCACAGAGAACACCAGCAUACCCACCAGAGGGCUCUGUAACUUCCUGAUGUCUGAUGAGGAUUAUGACGACAGGACAGCACAGGUCUUGAUUGGACAUAUCUCCAAGAAGAUGAACAAACAGACCUUCCCUGAGCGCUGCAGUCUGUGUAAGGAGGUCUUACCAUUCACAGAUCGCAAGCAAGCUGUCUGUUCCAAUGGGCACAUCUGGCUCCGGUGCUUCCUAACCUACCAGUCCUGCCAGAGCUUGAUAUACAGACGGUGUUUGCUCCAUGACAGCAUCGCCAGGCAUCCCGUUCCAGAAGAUCCUGACUGGAUUAAGAGGUUGCUGCAGAGUCCUUGUCCUUUCUGUGAUUCUCCUGUCUUCUGAGUUCAAUGAGGAGGAUGGAGGAUAUGAAGUUGACUAUAGAGAGUGCCCUGAAGCCUGAAGAGCAGGUGUGCUGGAGGGAGCCGGGCACUGCUCAGUGGUGACACUCUUCUAGCUGGAAGGAGGAGCUCAGGGCACCAGCACACUCCGACUUCACCGACUGAAGGCUAUCUUUUAAAUGACUCCAUUCAGAGAGGCUGAGUCAUUUAAAGGGGAACAGUAGCCAUCCCCAGCUCCUCACCAAUGAGGACCACUUGUUUUCCAGUGUCUUGCCUAAAGCAGUUUGAGCAGAAGCCUUCUGCUUCUAGAAACAUAAUGGUCUCUUCUAGAGAAUCUAAGGACCUUCUUGUGAGUUUGGUUUUCGUCCUUGCUUUGGUCGGGGACUGUCUCUGGUUCCAGAGGGCUGAAGUGGUUGGAACAUGACACUGCACAUGCCAGUACACCUUAAAGUGUGUAACGCUGGCUGGCUGCGGCUGGGGUUUGCUCAGCAGACUCAGCUGUCCGUUGACUCGUUUUCAAUCAUAUGGAGACAUUUUCCUAAAACUAUAUUUUUGAAGCCAAGAAUAAAAUCAUCUUAAUGUAUCAAACGAUCAGGUGACUAUUAGAAGUAUAAAAUUGUCAUUUAUUUUUAUCUCCUGUCAUCAGAUUUUCUGGCCCAGCUCUUUAACAUGUAAGAGGAGAUUAAGUAUCCCUACCCUCUUCACAGCCUCACUGAUGCCCAUGGUAACCUAGGUAUCUGUACAUACAGGGAGAUUGUCUUCUUUUAGUAUUCAAGGGAAGCUNCAGUAUUUCUAACACUGGCCUUUCUGGACAUCUCCCUGAGUAUUUGGAGGGAAGGCUGGUCUAGAGACUUCUGGAGAAAUAUGGAGUAGGACAUCCUUGAGCUCUGUGCUACAAGCAUGUGCAGCUCAAGUGGAAAACCUAAGAAUUUCCUCUCUUGCCAAAGGUCCUUAAUCUUUGGAAUACAGGUAUUCUUCCGUGGGCUUAAAGAGGAGACAUGCACUGUCAGUUGACUGCUAGCUCUUAACCCAGCCCUGAAGCAUUCUGGAGUCAUAGUUGGGGUAUUAGAGUAAGUUUCCUGGGAUUGGUGCUAAUGAACUGGACACAUUUUGAAACUGUGCAAUUGGAAAUGAGAUAGGAAAUACAGAACAUGAAAUGCUUUACUCCUUGAUGAUUCUGUUUUAUCAUGAGUAUUAUUUUAACAUACUUUCCCACUUUGAUCUUAUAUCUUUGCAAAAGAAAUAAUGUCUUAGUACUUGGGUACCACGGCGAGAGACAGAUCACAUGCGACCCUGCCACACUUCCUGCGCUCUGGGCACAGACCCUGAGAGGCACUUCCAGAAGCUGCUCUGAAUUGUCCUGUUAAGACUGUUGCCCUGUGCGGUGUGUUUAAUGGAUUGUUUGUUGGGGUUGUUAAUGUCCUGACAUAGGGUUGUUUCAAGAACAGCAUCUCUCCAGACUUGAGGGGCAGCAAGGAAAGAGCCCAGAGUAACCCAGUUCAGAGUCUGCGUGGCUGCAGCAGAGCCUGCAGCUGUUACUCCUCAGAGGAAGAUGACAGGAGUGGAGACGGUACUGAUGGUCGUUCCUAGUCUGUCUACUGUGCCUGCCAAGCUUCUUUUCUCUUGCUCUUUGGAAUCAAUCUCCCUAGGUGCUCUUACAGGGAAUUUGGGGGAACUUAAAACUUGGUUGUUUAAAGCAGUUUGCAUUUCUGUGAAAUUUUAUCAUUUAGAAGUAACAAAAGAAUUUCUAGGAUCUGUACUUGUGUAAAGGAAGAANCGUGACAACUGGAACACAAGUUUUCAGCAAGAAGCCUAGCCCUGCAGAAUUUUUGGACUCUGAAAUCCAGCCACAGCCAAGUGUUUCCACAGCCAGUAGAGAUGUCCCCCUCCCCUCACAAACACCACACACCGAUGUUAAUCUUCAGAGCUGGGUGAAUGAGAAAAUUUGGGGUUGAUGGCAGCCUCCUGCGAGCAACCUGUGCACUUCUGAAUCGCUCUCCAAGGGUCAGCACAUAGGCCCACAGAGGGUUGAUGGAGAGACCUUGGAAAAGUGGGAGUGGCGCCAGAGUCUUGUGCUAUGCCUCUUCCAGCUUGAACUCACCUGUGCUGCUUGAGGGAGGAGUUGAGUAGCUUCCAGUUGCAGCUAUAGUAGCUGUUUCUGCAGGGGGAAGAAGAGUAGCCAUCAAAUUGCUGCCCUGCGUUUAGAAGACUGGAGCAGACUCUGUGGAAAACUUACACGCUGCAGCACUGCUGUGUACCAGGUUCCAUGCCUAGAUGGUUUCUGUUACUCUAGGUAGGAAUGGGUAGCUUGUUGUGGUUGGCAUUCAAACCAAUGUCCUGAUAUGUUCACCCCCAGACUUGAAGCUGUCUCUACUCCUACCAGAUCUGCCAGAAGCUGUCAAUGAGUACCAGCAAAGUUUAUGAUGGGAUGUAACAAUUGUUCUGCUUGUCCCUCUGGGGUCUAGCAAGUUUUUAAGAACAUCUGUGUGGAAGCAGGUAGGCUGAACCUAGCAAUAAGCUUAACAAGUGAAUUGGAUUGGGAAAGUUUUGUUUUCUGUUUGGUUUGUUCUGUUUUUUGAAAUGGGGUCUCACUAUGCUAUAGCUCUGGCUGCCCAGGAACUCUUGUAGACCAGACUGCCAUUGAACUCAAAUAUCUGCCUGCCUCUGCCUCCAAUAUUGGGAAAGUUUUAAGGGUUAAUUAUUAAGUCACUUGAUUGGUUAUAUUGGUAUCAAAUAAGGUGCAGAUGGUGGAGCACAGCCCUAGCUUGGGAGCCCUGCAUCCCUGGCAGCAGCUAAAUGGCCUGGGUAAAUGACCUGUUAAGCAGCUGCAGUUUCUGAAGUAGAACAGACUCAGCUUCUGGUCAUCCCCUUCUUACUUUACCUUCCCCAAGAAGUGGCUCCCAACAUUAGGAUGCAUUCAAGGCCAGGGAAAUAUAUAAUGAUAAGCAUUUCUAAAGGCUAAGUCAUGUGAGUCUUCCUAGAAAAAAACAGUGAGCGUCUUGUGGUAAGAGGGCCAAGGUACUCAAGGCUGACUGCCAGCUCCUUGCCACCACAGUGUUGGCUGUUGAUGCUGAGCUGAAUGGGGUACAUUCCAAGUCGGUCUGGACCCUCAACAGUCAGACACACACAGGGCUCUUUGACCACAGCACACCUUGGACUUGAGUAACCACAGCUAGGCUUUGCAGUCACUCAUGGUAUGGUAGACUGCAAAAUCUCAACAGCCUUCCCUUCCCCCUGAAGUAUCGGCUUGGAAGGACACCCUGCUGGGUACAAGAAAGUGGAUAAUCUGGAGGUUAUGGAAAAGCACCAGUGUCCCCUAAAGUGUCACACUUUAGAAUGUGCCUCAGACUGGUGUGGUCAUUUCUUGUCUACUCUUUCUUGAAGCUAAGAAGUUAUUGAAGGUAAAUCUGCUUUGAGUCUACUGCUCAACUAAGUGCUCAGUAGGUAAGAUGUCCUUAGUGGAACUAAGCUGAACUCAUGGUAGCCUCGUUUCUAGCUGCGACAGACAUGGCAGCUCUGUCCACAGAACAGGCAGGAGGCAGUGUUCUUGGAUCGUUUUCUUCAAGGUCAUGUUUAUAUCUAGGGGAGAGACCCUGAUGCAGUCAACAGGUUCUAGUCAUGAAUUUAUUUAGAGCCAGAUGGUGCAGUUCACUAACAGGGCCUAAGUAUUCUUUCCUUGUGAUUAAGUGAAGUAGAAAAGGAAGCGGUAUACAUCUGAAUUACACUGUAGGCUCACAAGCAAAUCGUGGUCCUAGGUUGAACAGAUGACGUCUCAGAGUUCUAAAUCUCCACUUUAUUUUUAAGAUUAGAAGUUCUCUAUCUCAAGGCUGAGGCUGUAGCNUGAUGGANAGAGAGAGCACUUGCCUNGCAUUGACAAGCCCUCAAGUUCCAGCCUCAGCACUUGGGGUGGGGUUAUUAUUUAUAUCACUACCAUGAAAUUAUAUUGUUUUCAUAGAGAAAAAUACUCUAAAAUAGAUUGGGUAAGGCAUUGUGGCACAUUGUGUUCUAAGCACCCAGGAGUCUGAGGCAGAAGGAUCAAGUUGAAGGCCAGCCUGAGCUGUGUAGAGAGAACAUGUCUGAGAAAACCAAUGCUCGGGUUGGGCAGCAUCAGAGGUAGUGAUGACAUAGUGACAUUUUCAGACCAGGUGUACAUUUGGCUGAUGCUAGGGUGAGUACUGGUGUUCUCAGUGUCUCUGUAAGGUACUACUACUCUAAAGUGACACCAGUGUCCCAUGAACUGUCGUUUCCAAGGCUGCAUUUCACAGUUGUAUUUUGAUACAACAUGGAUGUGAGCAUCACACUUGUUUAAACAGAUGUCUGCUGUGCUUAGUGGUUUUACCUCUGUUUACCUGAUGCCUGUGUAAAGUCUGUGCUUGGCUUUGAAUUGUGUGUUUACACCUUACUGUUUCUAAAUAAAGAGAAAAUUUUAUGGUUAUGCAAA